GAGCACCGAACCAAAUAAAGAUGAAAAGACGUUUCCUCUUCAUCGUUGUUCUCUCUCUCUCCUCAAUCUUCAUUCCCUCUCUGAUCGCUACUUUCUGCAACGACGACAACAUGGACAUGCCCGGAGCCGUUCGCGAUGUACCUUCUAACCAGAACAGUGGCGAGGUCGAGAGCCUCGCUCGCUUCGCUGUCGAUGAGCAUAACAAGAAAGAGAAUGCACUGCUAGAGUUUGGGAGAGUGGUGAAGGCGAAAGAGCAAGUUGUAGCGGGAACGCUGCACCACCUGACUCUGGAGAUCAUCGAGGCUGGGAAGAAGAAGCUUUACGAAGCCAAAGUGUGGGUGAAGCCUUGGUUGAACUUCAAGGAGUUACAGGAGUUCAAGCCUGCUACUAGUGAUGAUGGUGGUGCCUCUACUACCAAUACCAUCACUCCCUCCGAUCUUGGCUGCAAGAAAGGUGAGCUUGAAUCUGGAUGGAGGGAAGUUCCAGGAGAUGAUCCUGAAGUGCAGCACGUUGCUGAUCACGCUGUCAAGACCAUCCAGCAGAGGUCUAACUCCUUGUUCCCUUAUGAACUCCAGGAGGUUGUUCACGCUAACGCUGAGGUCACCGGGGAGGCUGCAAAGUACAACAUGCUUCUCAAGUUGAAGAGAGGAGAGAAGGAAGAGAAGUUCAAGGUGGAGGUUCACAAGAACCAUGAAGGUGUUCUUCAUCUCAACCACAUGGAGCAACACCAUGACUAGUUCUCUUCUCCUCUCCUCUGCUUAUGUAAUAUUUUGACUGUUUGCUUGCUUUGUAAGAUAUUUUAACUUCUGAUGCAACUACUAAACCCUUAAAAUAACAUACCAGAAGGAAUAAAUUAAAAGUUACAGUC